UUGUCAAUCAUUCGCAAUAUGGUUACCCGCGUCCACGUGAUUAUCUAACCUAUUUUAAUUGUUUAUAUUCUAAUUGUUUACAAUAAAAGCAAUAAUUGUGUAUUGUACUAUUAUUAUAAAUAAGAAUCACUAAUGAAAAAAUGACAACUGACGAGAAGGUAAUUAGUGCAGAAGAUAUAUUGAAUAAUAAAUCAGAUAUUUCAGACACGAAUACAAAAGAUUCAGAUAGUAUCAAUAAGUCUAAAAAAGUAAAAACCAAGAAAGAAAAGUCAUUAGAGGAACAAAUUCCUAAAGGAAAACCAAAAUCUGGUAGGAUAUGGAAAGAACAAAAGAAAAGGUUUUCUUCUAUUGUUAAAACACGUGGUAUACGAUUGUCUUUUGAUAAAAAACAAAAAUUGAAAGAAGAUCUAAAACAUGUUAAAGAAAUGUCACGGGAAAUAAAAGCAAAAAAGCAAGCGGAAAAGGAAGCAAAAAAAGAAAGAAGAAGAGCCAAUUUAAAACGUGCUGCAGAGAAUCAGAGGAAGAGUGAAAUUGUACAAGUUAUCACAAAUACUGCAAAAUUGAAAAAAAUUAAGAAGAAACAUCUCAGAAUGAUACAAAAAAGAGAUACGCUCAAUUUUUAGAAAUAUUGAGCAUUUGCAUUUCUAAAAUAAUUUGUGAUUUUAUAAUUAAAAUGUGUGAAGUAUGUAUUGUAAAUAAAGAAAAAAGAAAAAAAAGAAUAGUUUAAACAUA